UGAUACUAGAACUUGUUGGAGUUCAACUUACAAUCUUUUAAAAAACCUUCUUCUUCUUCGUAAUGCUAUUAUACAGUUAGCUGAUGAUUUAAGGCAAAGUGUUAAUCAACAAGAAAGGCAAGAUAGUUUAAAAAUUUUAGAAGCUCUCUUAUCAACUGAAGAAUGGAAUUCAUUAGAUGAAUUAGCAAAACUUUUAUAUCCUUUUGCACAAGCAACAGGAUAUAUUGGAGGAAAUCAAUAUCCUACUUUAGGAAUGAUGAUACCUACUCUUAUUAAGCUUUCACGCCAUUUACGAGAUUUUUAUUCAACAAUAACAUCGAUAACAGUAAAAGCUUGUUGCCAUAAAAUUAAUGAAUCAAUGCUAUCAAGAUGGUUUGAACUGUCACUUAAUAGUCUUAUAGCUUCUUUUUUAGAUCUGAGAUUCAAAAAAAUGAAAACAGAACCAUCAAGCACUAAUUCUUCUUUUUUCGCUUCAUUUUAUGAUGAUAAUAAUGAUAUUUUAAUUGCAAAUAAAAAUUCAUCCUCGGUUGAAGAAGAA